CAGACAUCCCUAGUGAUUUGAGUUUAUCACCGCUGAUUUUAUUACGGAUUAAUCAGUGGAUCUCUGGCAUAUUCGGAGAAUAAUGAAACGGAGAAAUCCUGCUGUUCUGAUUUCUCUCCGGCAACCUGUCUGCGCAUGACGCAGGGGGGAGGAGGAGUGGGAAGUCUACUUAAAGCGGGAUUAGCACGAGCCAAACAUUAUACUCCCCUCCGUUUAGGCUCAGAGCGACCUAUCGUCCUGCUCGCGAGACAGAAAAUAUGAGGGCUUUAGACUAAUCAGGACCUCAGACGAGGGCGCGCGCUCCGGAGCGAGGCGUGGACGACAAAGGUGGACUGGACAGCAGCGAAUCAAUGCAUUCACCCGAUACCACACUCGCCUUUAGAGCGAUAGACGCGGAACACUAGCUCGCAUUUGAUUUCACAGGGUCCACUGUGUUUUACCGUCUCCGAAUGAACAUGGGGGAAUGGACAAUUCUCGAGCGUCUGCUGGAGGCGGCUGUCCAACAGCACUCUACUAUGAUCGGGAGGAUCCUACUGACAGUGGUGGUGAUCUUCCGGAUUCUAAUCGUAGCGAUAGUUGGAGAGACCGUGUACGACGACGAGCAGUCCAUGUUCGUGUGUAACACUUUACAGCCGGGCUGCAACCAAGCUUGCUAUGACAAAGCGUUCCCCAUAUCUCACAUCAGAUACUGGGUGUUCCAGAUCAUCAUGGUGUGCACUCCCAGUCUGUGCUUCAUCACAUACUCGGUGCAUCAGUCGGCCAAACAGAAGGAGCGCAGAUACUCCAUGGUCUACCUGUCCCUCGACAAAGAGGAGACGAUGAGACGCGACGACAGCAAAAAGAUCAAAAACACCAUCGUGAACGGAGUACUCCAGAACACCGAAAACUCCACCAAAGAAUCCGAGCCCGACUGUUUGGAAGUCAAAGAGAUCCCUCAUUCGGCCAUGAGAACUACCAAAUCCAAAAUGAGGCGGCAAGAGGGCAUCUCGAGGUUUUACAUCAUCCAGGUGGUUUUCAGGAACGCGCUGGAGAUCGGCUUCUUGGUGGGGCAGUACUUCUUGUACGGGUUCAACGUGCCCGCCGUGUACGAGUGCGACCGCUACCCUUGCAUCAAAGACGUCGAGUGCUACGUCUCCAGACCCACGGAGAAAACCGUGUUCCUCGUGUUCAUGUUCGCGGUCAGCGGGAUUUGCGUGGUGCUCAACCUGGCCGAACUCAAUCACCUGGGCUGGAGGAAAAUCAAAACGGCGGUGAGGGGGGUGCAGGCCAGGAGGAAGUCCAUAUAUGAGAUCCGAAACAAGGACUUGCCCCGGAUGAGCAUGCCUAAUUUCGGCCGCACCCAGUCCAGUGACUCUGCCUACGUCUAAUGCCACGCUCAAUCUUGGAUGAUUCCCAUUUCAAUUCUCUGAGCCUGAUCGCUUACUGACCCUCAUGUCGUUCCAAACCAGAAGGACUUUUUUUUCUUAUGUGGAAAGCCGACAACAUUGGAUCCCAUUCUUUUUCUUUUUUUUUCAUAAUAUUUGACUUCUUUGGUGUUCCACAGAACGACAUCAGGGUGAGUUAAACGAUGACCCAAUGGCAUCUAAAAUGUGCGAAACAAACUGAAAACUAUAUACAAGAGAUGUUAUUGUGAACUGUUCAUCUCACCUGUUUCAUGGUGGGGUAGAUGGAUAUUAUUUGUCUGUUAUGGACAACCAGAACAAAUGGACCAAUUUGUUCCUUAUCAGUUACUCAAGGGCACUGAUGCAACUUUUUUAUCGGUCAGAAUGGAACGCUUACGGCGAUUGUUUAUUUCUUUCUUCAUUCACAUGAUCAGUUGAACCCCAAAUAUGUUUUGCACUAAAUAUGGAUUUUAAAGAAGCCAAAACGAACCCAAAUCGUGCUGUGAAGGUCUGUUUUUUUUGUUUGUUUGUUUUAUUAUACUGUAUUUCCAUUCUGGUUUUAGAUUGCACAUAUGAUUCAGUUUACUCACCGCAACUAGAUAGAUAACACAGUCUCAUUCCAACAAGUCAUUUAACUGACGUCUUGGGACCAUACGUCAAUAUCCGC